AUGACGGGGACCCUGCUCCCGCUCGCCGCUGCCCUGCUGGCCACCCUGGCCGCCCAGGAAGCCUCUUGCUCCCGAGAGGAGGUCCCCGGCCACCCCCCGGUGCUGCGCCUGGGGCAGCAGCAGCACGGCCCGGGAAGGGUGAAGCGGGCCUGGGUGAUCCCCCCGAUCAGCGUGUCGGAGAACCAGAAGCGGAUUCCGCACUUCCUGGUGCAGAUCAAAUCCGACCAGGAGCGCCCGGGGGGCGUGAUCUACAGCAUCAGGGGCCCCGGCGUGGACGAGGAGCCCAAGGACGUCUUCUCCAUCGACAAGCUCACCGGGAAGGUCUACCUCAACACGAUGCUCGACCGGGAGAAGCACGAGCGCUUUCGGCUGAAGGCCUUCGCGCUGGACCUGGGGGGCACGACCCUGGAGGACCCCACGGACCUGGAGAUUGUGGUCAUGGACCAGAACGACAACCGGCCGCUCUUCCGGCAGGCCGUCUUCACGGGGCACGUGGUGGAGGGCGCCGCGCCAGGUACCUACGUGAUGAAGGCGGAGGCCACGGACGCCGACGACCCCGAGACGGACAAUGCGGUGCUGCGCUACUCCAUCCUGGGGCCGGAGUCGGGAGCCGCCUUCGCGAUCGACGAGCUGACCGGGGAGGUCCGGACCGCCCAGGCGGAGUUCGACCGGGAGGUGGUGGGCGUUUACAACCUGACGCUGCAGGUGGCAGACAUGUCCGGGGGAGGACUGGCCACCACGGCCACCGCAGUCAUCCUCGUCGACGACAUCAAUGACAACCCACCCGAGUUCACAGAGAAAGAGUUCUCCAUGGAAGCCCCCGAGAAUGAACACGGUGCAGUCCUCGGAAGCAUCGCGGUCCAAGACAGGGACCUGCCCGGGUCCCCCAACUGGCUGGCCAAGUUCACCAUCCUGGAGGGCGACCCCGAGGGGGCGUUUGCCAUUCGCACGGACCCCCUCACCAACGGCGGUGUCAUCUCCGUGGUGAAGGCCCUGGACCACGAGGAGCAGAGCCACUUCGAGCUGCUCGUCUCCGUCCAGAACCAGGCCCCGCUGGACCCCUCGGCCCCAAAGGCGGCCCGAGCCCUGGCCACGGUGCGGGUGCAGGUGCAGGAUGCCAACGAGCCCCCGCUGUUCCCCGAGAACCCCUGGAGGGGGAGUGUGAACGAAGGCGCGCCCCCCGGGACCGAAAUCGGCCUCUUCCGUGCCACGGACCCCGACACCCAGCAGGCACAGCUGCUCAGGUACGCGCCAGCCCCGGACACGGCCGGCUGGCUGCACGUCAACCCAGACUCGGGCCUGCUGCUCGCCCGCCAGACGGUCCCCGCACGAUCCACGUUCCGCCACGGCUGGUACACCGCACGGAUCCUGGCCAGCGACGACGGAACGCCCCCCCUCACUGCCACGGGGACCCUCUCCAUCGAGGUGCUGGAGGUGAACGACCAUGCGCCCCGCCUGCUGCCCGCGUCCCCGGUGCUCUGCAGCCAGGGGGACGGCCUGGUGCUGAGCGCCACCGACGAGGACCUGUCCCCCCACGCGGAGCCCUUCCACUUCAGCCUCGCCGCCGAGUUGGCCCACAACUGGACCGUCCGCCGCUGCAACGCCACCCACGCGCUGCUGCGGCCCCAGGGAGAGGCGGCCGAGGGGCUGCACGUCCUGCCGCUGCUUGUCCGGGACUCGGGGACGCCGCCCCAGGCGCGGGAGCAGCUGCUGAACCUCACCGUCUGCGCCUGCGACGCGGGGGGCUCCUGCCGGGCUCGGGCGGCCGCCGUGGCCGGGGCCGGGGCCGGCCUCAGCUUCAGCGCCUUGAUGAUCGCCCUCGGCAGCGCCGCCCUGCUGCUGCUCCUGGCGCUGCUGGUGGCCGCCCUGGAACGCUCCCGCCGGCGGGCACAGCGCAAGGGGCUCCUGGGGGCCUCCCUGGACGACCUGCGGGACAACGUCUUCAACUACGACGAGCAGGGCGGCGGCGAGGACGACCAGGAAGCCUACGACCUCAACCAGCUGCGCAACCCGGACCGGUUCCCCCCGCCCUCCCCCCGGGGGAAGCCCCCACGCCGGAGGGACGCCCCCCACAGCUACGCCCUGCCCGAGCCCCCGCGGCGCCUGCCCGCCUGCCCGGCGGACAUCGAGGAGUUCAUCCAUGAGGGCCUGGAGGUGGCCGACCGGGACCCCAGCGUGCCCCCCUACGACACGGCGCUCAUCUUCGACUACGAGGGGGACGGCUCGGCCGGCGGCUCGCUCAGCUCCAUCCUCUCCACCGAGGCCGACGAGGACCAGCACUACGACUACCUGCAGGAGUGGGGGCCGCGCUUCCGGCGCCUGGCCGAGCUGUACGGCCAGUAG